AUGGGAGAUGGAGAACUCUCUACGCGAACUUUGCGAGAGAAUAGAGAUGGAGAAAUCUCUGGGCGAACUGGGCAAGACAUCGAAGAUGGAGAAAUCUCUAGCGAAAAACUGGUCGAUUUGACGAAAUCAAUGUCGGAGCAGCUUCGCUCACUACAACGCAGUCGACCUGAAACGGCGGCGAUUCCAAAUUCCACGGUGGAUAAGGCCGUUAAUCCUUACCCAAGCUUGCCCAGAAAUCAUGCAUCAAUGAUAGUAGAUCCAGAGGUAGCUAUUAGAUCUGUAUAUUUAUUUGUGUGUUUUGGGAGCGAAGAAUUAACUAAUGCAAUCUAUGAAGUGAAGUUCAAACACGGAGGAGUCGCUAGUGAACCCCUGGUUGUUGAAUUAGUUAACAGGUUCUGUGAGGGUGAGAAGAAUGAGAAUGUUGGCAUGCGGGGGGCUGUACGGAUUUUCCACCUCUCCAAUUUAUACGUCCCUACAAAGGAUGGUGGAUAUAUUAUUGACACAAAGACUAUGUCAAGAUCUUCAUCUUUUCCUCCUACCCUAGGCUAUAAAUCAGUUCCUAUUUUUGUGUCUGCAUAUGACAAGCUGUAUUGUCUUGCAAGUCCAUUUUCCAUCUCACCAAUUCUGGAGCCCUCCUUCGAGAGAUUUGAUCCUGAUACGAACAUGUGGGAGAAAAUGCCGCCAUAUCCAUUUUAUAAUGAUUAUGAAAUCCGCAUGAAUAUAACUGGUUAUGCUGUUUGUUAUGGCGUUAUUUUGUUUUCAUUGUGUAACAUAAGAGAAAAUAAUUUCGAUGUCGUUGCAUUUCACGUGGGUAGAAAACAAUGGAAGCCAGUGGAAGUUGAUGAUUCUGUGUAUAAUGCUCCUUUCCAAGGAAGGGCUGUGGUUGUAGGCAAAACUAUAUAUUCCUUACAUCAGGGGGAAGUUAUAGCAUUCUCCUUGGGGCUGGACAAAGAUGAUAACGGUGGUGUUGUAUAUAACCUAAACCAACUGUUUGUAUUGCAAGGCCUGGAGGUUGCGGAUCCACUGUUCGCAUUUGACAUGUGUUGGAGUGAGUAUUUGGUUCAUUUGGGGAACAAUGACUUUUUCCAUGUCAAGACUGAAUGUGGCAAUGACACGGUUCCAUAUCUUCGUAUCACCACGUUUCAAAUUGUUGUUGGAGAAGGAGGAAGACAUAUGAUCAAGACCAUACAUUCAAAUGUUCAUUCUUUGGAUUUAGAGGACGUUGAAUGGUUCAAUCUUCUUUUCUGCUUCACGGUUGAGUGCAAAGAUUAUGAACCUACAGAAGAGGAGAGCGUGACUAGUAUGAAUCAGCCAAAACAAGUAGAAACCAGCCUGGAUGAUAAUUGUUCUGUGGUGAAACAGAGGAGAAUGGCAAAGAAAGAAGCUAGGCGUGGAAUAGCUGCCAGGAAAAUGAUAAGAAAUUUUGAAACAGGAAGAUGGGAGGUUGGCUGCCGGGCAUCGUGA